GAGCCCGCAUCGCGCGACUACUCCAUCACAUUCAAUCGAUUCGAGCGUAUCAUGGCGGCAGACAGCUCACGACUAAAGGCCACCGUGUUUGUCGGUGGCCUCGACCAUGCUGUCACGCAACAAACCCUAUAUCACGCUUUCCUGCCGUUCGGCGAUAUCGUAGAAGUCAACCUGCCAAAACCGGAUGCGCCGUCCUCGAGUGAUCCGCACCGAGGCUUCGGCUACGUGGAGUUCGAGACGGCCGGGGAUGCUGCAGAUGCCAUCGACAACAUGGACAGGAGUGAGCUCUUCGGUCAGGUCAUUAAGGUUGCUGCUGCCAAGCCGCAGAAAGACGCAAAUGAGGGUUUGGGUAGUAAGACGGCAAUUUGGGAGCAGGAGGGCUGGAUUGCAAAGCAUGCUGUGAGCGAGGAAGAUCGCCAAGCGGCGCAACAGGCGCCAGAAGCUGCAGACGAUGGCCCAAUGGAUCCCAUGCAAGGACUCGAGGGACUCGACGAGGCUGGUCCAAAACCAGCUUGAACCUUGGACUUUCCAACUUUGACUUACAGCAGUCGACUAUUUGUAUAUCUGGAAAAGGAUAGGCGCAACGGGUGCGGGGAAUUCGGUUUAUGAUACCAUGGUUUUUUCCACUGCAUGACAGACUGUAUGUAACAUAGCUCAAUGUAACGAGUUGUGUUCUGGAUCCAAUCGCUACUCUACGGGUUGUCAAGUGUCACGGUCUUCCAAGAUAUCACACCAUACCAACAUCUUUCACAGCAUCACAUUCCGGAGGCAAAGACCUGACGUAUAAUGUAUGCCAGAC